AUUUAUUAGUUUCCCGUUGCUCAAUUACAACCGUUACCUAAUCCUACGAAAGAGAGAGACAGAGACAUGGGCCUAUCGGUAAGCUACCUUUGCUAUCUCUGACACGGCCGGUAGAGAAGAAAACUUUAGUGUCCGACCGAAACUAGGAUUUCAGACGAAACCGAAACCCAAACCGAAACCUCGAACUGAAGAGUCUGAUUUGGGAGGUUGGGAAGUAAGACAGUAGUGUAUCUCCCAGAAAAAAUAAACUCAGCCUUUAUCAACUAAUAUUAGUAAUAAUUAAAGCAAUUUAUUAUUAAAGAAAAAAAAA